AGGAGAUUAUAUACCUCAACAGAAAGAGCAACGAUCAGAGCUGCCUAAUUGCUGAUAUGUUGGGACUUGCUGAGGGGGUGUUCCUGGUUCUGUCUGGUACUCAGUUCAUUUUGGGAAUUCUAGGGAAUGGUUUCAUUGGGUUGGUCAAUGGUGGCAGCUGGUUCAAGAGCAAGAGAAUGUCUUUGUCUGACUUCAUCAUCACCAACCUGGCCCUCUCUAGGAUCAUUCUACUGUGGAUUUUCUUGACCGAUGCCCUUUUAAUAGUGUUCUAUCCCGAAGAACAUGAUUCAGGGACAAUAAUGCAAAUGGUUGAUAUUUUAUGGACAUUUACAAACCACCUGAGCAUUUGGCUUGCCACCUGUCUUGGUGUCUUUUACUGCCUGAAAAUUGCCAGUUUCUCCCACUCGACAUUCCUCUGGCUCAAGUGGAGAGUUUCCAGGGUGGUUGUAUGGGUGCUGUUGGGUGCACUGCUCUUGUCCUUUGGUAGUACCGUGUCUCUAAUCAAUGAAUUUAAGAUCUAUUCUGCCCUCAAGGGAAUUGAUGGCACAGGGAAUGUGACUGAACACUUCAGAAAGAAGAGAAAUGAAUAUUAUCUGAUCCAUGUUCUUGGGACUCUGUGGUACCUCCCUCCCUUAAUUGUGUCCCUGGCCUCCUACUUUCUGCUCCUCCUCUCCCUGGGGAGGCAUACGCAGCAGAUGCAGCAAAAUGGUACAAGCUUCAGAGAUCCAAGCACUGAGGCCCACAAGAGGGCCAUCAAGAUUAUCCUCUCCUUCUUCUUUCUCUUCCUACUUUACUUUCUUGCCUUUUUAAUUACAUCAUCUGGCCAGUUUCUACCAAAACCUAAGACGGUUAAGAUGAUUGGUGAAAUAAUUACAAUGUUUUAUCCUGCUGGCCACUCAUUUGUUCUCAUUCUGGGGAACAACAAACUGAAGCAGGCAUUUGUGGAGAUGCUUUGGUGUGAGCGUGGCUCUAAGGAACUCUUUUUCCCAUAGAGUACCAGAGGGCAUGGUGUGGAGCCAAGGAGUCCUUCUCCCUGACUCAAGAUUGUAGGACUCUUCUUGACCCUCCUAUGAU